AUGCAGAACCAACGCUUUUUCUAUCAAAUGGUCGAUAAAGAUGCGGCUGCCGAUCUCGAGGACGUGAAGCAAACGGUCCAAAAAGCCAAACAGCAAAUUAGUGAUGUUGGACUUCAGCGGCACUAUCAAGAAGACAUGAAUCAGCUCGACAGACGAGUCACGAUGAUUGAUUAUCUUUUACAUGAAAAAUAUGAUCCACAUUCGGUUUCAAAAGAUCUCGAGAACAAGCUUUUCGAAGAAGACAGACGUCUAAUUGCCGAGGGUUCUUGGGGCACAUUCGAAGAGCACGGAGCAAAAGUUCUGACGGAUCUUAAGCAGCUAUUGUUUUUGAAUCCCUUGAGUAAACUGGUUUCGACUGACAGACGGAUCCAUCAGUUUCGCAAAUCGAUCUUCUUCGCAAUUCGUUUGAUGAUUAAACACGACCUGGUAGAAAACGUACAGGAGCAUGCUAUCUUCAAAGACAGACGAAUUUUGCAGCAACUUUUGCGUUGUCACCUGGUUGAAAACGAGUGGAAGCCUUCCUCGGUGUUGUAUCACGGAUCCUAAUAAUAAGAUGAGAUGAAGAAA